CUGUUGGCACACUCAAUGGGAGCUACUGGAUCAUCACAACUGGAAAAGGAGAUCAGUACCACUGAGUCAGUUAAUAAUGCCAAUGAACACUAUUACGGGCUAGUAAAUUUUGGAAAUACAUGUUACUGCAACUCAGUGAUUCAGGCGUUGUUCUUCUGCCGGCCGUUUCGAGAAAAAGUUCUCAAUUACAAGCAAACUUUGAAGAAAUCGGGCGCUUCAAAGGACAACUUGGUUACGUGUCUAGCUGAUCUAUUUCAUAGUAUUGCCAGUCAAAAACGAAGAGUAGGAACAAUUGCUCCAAAACGAUUUAUUACUAAAUUAAAGAAAGAAAAUGAGCUCUUCGACAACUACAUGCAACAAGACGCUCACGAAUUUUUCAAUUAUCUCAUUAAUACAAUAUCGGAGACACUAAUUCAAGAGAAAAUCGCAGAACGAGAGAAAGCGUCUCGCCACGGAACACUCAAAAAAGGAAAUGUCACAGUUAAUUUGGCACCUGCCACUGCGGGUCUUCCACGAUCAGAUGAAAAAGGAACGAGUGAACGAAAUGGUGGAAUUACGGUGGAAGGCAACGAGUUUUUGAAUAAAUCUGACACUACUACGUGGAUUCAUGAAAUAUUUCAAGGAAUUUUGACAAAUGAGACGAGGUGUUUGAGUUGUGAAACUGUGUCAAGUAAAGAUGAAGAUUUUCUGGAUUUAUCGAUUGAUGUGGAACAGAAUACUUCAAUUAGCCAUUGUCUACGGGUAUUUAGUGAAACGGAGACACUUUGUGGUGAUCAGAAAUAUUUCUGCGAAACGUGCUCGUCGAAACAGGAAGCUCAAAAGCGAAUGCGAAUCAAGAAACCUCCUCAACUGCUGGCUCUCCAUCUGAAACGAUUUAAAUUCGUCGAACCUCUGAAUCGACACACAAAGCUUUCUUAUCGAGUUGUAUUUCCACUGGAAUUGCGGCUAUUCAAUGUGAGCGAUGAUGCUGAAUACGGUGAUCGGAUGUAUGACCUGGUCGCAACAGUGGUUCAUUGUGGAGCUACUCCAAAUCGAGGUCAUUAUAUCACUUUGGUGAAGAGCAAUUCGUUUUGGCUGGUAUUUGAUGAUGAUAUUGUUGAAAAACUGGAAGUUUCAUCAAUGGAAGAGUUCUCUGGAAUGUCCACGGAUGCAAAUAUUCAAAUGCCACCUGGAAAUCAAUCAGCUCCUCAAAAGAAUUCCGAAUCUGCCUAUAUUCUGUUCUAUCAGGCAAGAGACUACGCUGCUGAUGAUCCAAAUCAUAAUCAUAAAGGAAAAAAUAGUACACACUCCGUCUAGUGAAUAAUUUAUAAAUUGUUUAAUAAUUUCAUCCCGAGACUCUUCUGAAACGAGUAAAAGCUUACCUUCCGAUUUUUCAUCAAUUGUCGCUGUUACAAUUUGUUGACCAUAGUACUAUAGUUUCAUACAAUUUUCUAUCACACUAUCUCUCCACUUUGCUGUUAUGUAAAUUUUUCUUUUUUUUAAAACUUGUAAUCAUUUGUAUAUUUUAUGGAUAAAUUAUUCUAGAAUUUG